AUGGAAGAAUGGAUUGCUCAACUGCCUCGUCUUGAGGCCCGGUCGCACUUCAAUGUGUCGCUCAACACCUCGGCCGUCAGCGAAUCCUCAUGGUCCUCACGGAAUUCAACCAGAGCCAUUAUCGCGAGUCUGCAGCUGGCCCAGGUGCAGACGCUGCGCACAAUGCACCUGGCUCUGGGUGUCUUCAGUCUCGCGCUUGCACUGUUGACCGUGUACCGAAUCCUGUCGGAUGCUAGACGAGCGGCAGCACUACGAGUCACUCUCCGCAAGCAACGGUUCAAUUCUCUUCAAAACGUCCAUCCCGCCGAGACCUUCCCACUCGCGCUGGCUUGCGGUGUGGUUCUAUCGCAAAUUAUAUUCGUAGCAGUGCAGGGCACAACUCUUUCUAGUGUAUUAUCAAGCAGCUGUCGAAUGCUGGCCAUGUUCACCUACCCCGCAAUCUUCGCUACGGGCUACGUCACUCUCGUGUUUGGCAUCGAAACCGCGCUGCGCUCCUUCAAGGACGACCGAUUUGCGCCGCGAGGAAAGUGGAACACAAUACUAUGCAUCGCGACAGUGGCUUUCUUCCUCCUCUUGACCUGGAUUCCCACCAUCGUAUGGCCCAUGUUGAACAAAUGCUUCGGCGGCCUCAUCUGGUUCGUCAUGCGCUACGACCUCCUCACUUUCGUCCUCCUCCUCGUUCUGGUCUCGUUGCUCCUGCUCUUGGCGGCCAUCAUCAGCAUCCAGCUGAUGCGAAGUGCUGACGUCGACCCGAACGAGCGCAUUGCCGCAUCGAGAAUGUGCUACUACCUGCUCCUGAUCGCAGUGAUCUACAUCUUGGUCAUACCAGCCGAGGCUCUGUCUUUUCAAGGAAAGUUUGAUGCUGCUCUGAGCAGCUCACGAUUCGCCGAAGCAUCGCUCUUUUCGUCAGGCAUAGCCAUUUCCUUCUUCCACUCCUUCCUCCGUACGAACGCAAACCGACUGGCGAUCCGCCCGAUCGAAGAGAUGAGGUCUCAGUCCAGACAGAAGCGACCACGAAUCCGCUUCUUCGGCCCCAGCGAUCUCGAGAUGAACAUCAGCGGGCCCCUGGCACUCCAAGGCGGUCGACCCGACAGCAGACAAGGACUGAUCGACGUCGGCCCGGAGAAGAAUCGCUUCGACUUUGACGCAGAGUACUUUGAGCGACCGGGGCGCGCAAUGACACCGGGGUCCAAACUCCAAAGCCCCAUCGACCCGACAAAAUGGCCUCUACCUCCGGACAGCGACGAAGCAGAGGAGGAGAGCAAGGGCCACCAGCGGAAUAAGGUCAGCUAUUCCGUCUUCCCCACGCGCGCAGAGCAUGUCCCCCGCCUGCCCGCCACCGUCUACAACCCGUCGCGAGCCGCCAAGGGCGAAUCCAGAAUCUCCAAGCUCGCCAUGCGCCGCUUCAACCGCCGCAGCUCCGUGACAGACGUCAGCCGCGAGUUCGAAUCAAUGGAUAAGCCCGCCCCCUUCUUCGCCAUGCGGACAGGCCACGCCAGCACCGACAGCAGCGCGACAGUGCAAAUCGGGCUGCGCUUCUCCCUCGCGCCCGCCAUGCUCUCGGCAAAAUACCCUUCGCCCACGGCUCCGCACAUGCCCAAGCCCACCACCACCUCGCCUUGGGGCGCGCCCCUGAGCGCCACCUCCCCGACCACCGUUCUCCUGCAACCCGCAUUCUUCUCUCCCCCAACCCCCGCCAAACGAAGCCCAGCAAAAACCCCCGCGUUCCCCCUCACGCCCGCGCAGUCAAGCAGCGCGUACCUGGAAGCGCAGCGCUCCAAGAUCCUGCCCGCCGCGCCGACGCUGGCGCUGAGCGGACUGCGCAUGAACCCCGUGACGCCCGCGGGCUCCGUGGCAGCAUCAUCGCCGACUCGCCGCUCCUUUACGGAUGAUGCGCCGACGACACCAACACCAUCUACGCCAACACCGAGCACACCUGCUACACCGCGCUCGCGCGCAAACGCGCUCGUGCGCUCUAACAGCGGCACGUCCGCGUGUCCGUCGCCCACGGCGCGGAUUCCAAUGGGGCAGGGGACUAUGAGUCGUAGUCCGCCGCCGAGGGGGUGGUUGUAA